GCUCAUAUUUUAAUGUCAAUAUGGAAACCUGCCCAGAUUAUUAAUAUUGCCGGAAUAGCUAGCCUCUUUUUAAUGCAACGAAUCAGUAAUCAGGUGAUCGAGAAUUAUUUCCGCAAGCGUUGCCUAGCUACCAUGCAGCAUUCAGCAAACGAUAGCGUCUUUAGAGUUUGUAUUGAGUGCUUAUUGGCGUUGACUUAUAUCAACAAUCGUGGUCUUCCUGAUCUACACAUUUAACUGUUAGCCAGGAUAGUUGCAACUGUGAAAAAAGGUGAUCGCGUCUUCCCUUUUCAAUUUCCAGGCAGAAGAUAUGGGACAAAUCGAAAAAGGCUUGAACUACUUAAAAUCUAUUCCAUUUAUUCUGAAAAUAAUUGAAUUCAUUGUGCUACUGAUUGCAUUUGCCCUGGCUGGACAUUUUAUGAACGAGGCUGUGACUAAUUUCUUCGCUACCUUCGGUAAAAAAGGGAAUAUCGAAUUCUUCUUAUUCGCGACGAUUGUUGGAUGGCUCAUUGCAAUAGUUCUACCAAUCCUGUUCUUCAUCGGCAUCCAGGAGAAAGUCUCAGCAAUACCAUGGACACUUGUCGUCGCCAUUCUUUCAGCGGUGUGGGCAGUGCUUUUAAUCAUCGCUUCUUCGUUAUUGGCUGCGGCAGCAAAACAUUAUGAGGACAAAGAGGGGAUUCGUGGAAAAUCUGUAUGCGAACUACUGGAUGAUGCCAAUGAGGAUUCACAAUGUGGACAACUUAUUGGAGGAACAAUACUGGGUUUCAUCGCCACAGUGCUGUACGCAGUUGAUACCAUCAUCCAUGCCCGCAUGUUCAUGACAGGGGCUUCCAGCCCGCAAGCAGGUGGCGCUGUUCCAGCGUAAUGAGUGAACAACAUAUCGGCUUCAAAGAGGAACAUCGUCAACACAGGCAGGGAAUAUUUGACGAAGAACUUGUAUAUAUCGUACUUUUGAACUUCUUUACGAAUAUCUGUUUACUGACGUUAGUACGCAUGCUUCAUAAAAAGAGAACCGACCGCUGAGCUCUGAACGAGUGCAGCUAGAGAAAGCCGUUUUUGUUUACAAUAUAUUUUCGCAAAACUGUAAUCUUGGUUAGAAUGAAAAUUUAGGUAUUUAGAUUAAAUGGAAUAAAAUUGAUCGAAAAAACCAUGCUGUCCGUUUUUAACCACCCACAAAACGCU